CUUUUCAGGGUUAACAGUGCUUCCAUCCAGAGAGAGCAAGUGCGCAGGCAUACGCACGCUGUGGUGCAUAUAACUACCAUAUCAUAGCGUGAAGGGUCAUUUACAGGACCUGCACAUCCUGAUACAGCUACAAGGAGCACACGUUAUAGUACUGGAGCACUGAAUCAAUCAACCCUUCUCUGGCUCUUUUCCAGCCAGAGUCUCACUCAUUUACUUCCCUGCUUUUCAAGCACUUGAGCUGGAUACACCGCAGUGAGUCAAUCAACAAACAAGGGCAGAAGCAGACAGCGAGCUUUGCUAAUGAACAACGAGAAAACUGCACAGAGACUCUGCUAAUCGCUUAAGUAAAAUCAUCAAAAGAAUGGAAAAGGACAGCAAAAAAAGAAAACAAGCUUAUUUCUAUCUUUUUAUAAAUGUGGCCAGAAUGAUUCUUCUCUAGAUGUGGCAAGAAUGAUUCUUUUACUCCGAUCAAGAGUUGGACAAAAUACCUGGGUAAGAAACACAGUUUUCCCAAAACAGAAAUUCUUAAUCUUGGUGUUAGAAGAAAUGUGCUAAACAAAAGCACACAAAGAGAAAAGCUUUAGAAAAAGUCUAAAAAAUAAAACCAACUGAAAAACUUGUUUUCAAGAAAGCAGUGAAAAAAAUCCUAUCUUAAAAUCCUCCACAUGACGAAAAAGAAAAUCAAAAAGGAUAUUCCUAGAAGCAAAGUGAACUCUACUGAAAUGCAAGAGAAAGUGAAAUGCAAGAGAAAGAGCUACUGAACUGUCUCCUAUAAUCUUCUGAAACCUGAACCUCGCUAUAAAGGGGAGACCAGACCACUGAACCCUACCUACCAGAGAUGGACACAAGACAGGACUUUGAUUUUUAAGACCUAACUGCACACAGCAAGACACAAGAUAAAAAAAAUUGGAUACCAGCUCGGACAUGGUUACAGUACCUCAAAAUAGCAGAUGACCAGUUUACCAUACUGACCAUGCUGGCCUUUCUUCAGGACCAUCGUGGACCAGAGAGGAACAGUGAACUCUUGGACUGUACACAAUUCCUGUGCAAAAUACAGCUCCUGAAUACUUUCUACUGGACACAAAGAUGUCCUAUCCUUUACAUUUCUUGAAUGGGUCUGGAGUUGGCAAUGGAUCUUUGUCACCUCUCUCAGUAGCAGAACCCAAGCAGGAAUACCCAAGCGAUGAACAAGGAAAUAAAGUGCGUUGGGCAGCUUUACUGAUCCUCCUGGUGAUAAUCCCCACCAUUGGAGGGAACAUACUUGUCAUACUGGCGGUGUCUCUGGAGAAAAAGUUGCAAUAUGCUACCAACUACUUUUUGACAUCCUUGGCGGUGGCAGAUUUGCUCGUGGGUCUGUUUGUGAUGCCGAUUGCCCUCCUCAUAAUAUUAUUUGACAAUGCCUGGCCUUUUCCAACUUCCUUGUGUCCCAUCUGGCUCUUCCUUGACGUCCUAUUCUCUACAGCUUCCAUCAUGCACCUCUGUGCCAUCUCACUAGACCGCUAUAUUGCGAUUAAAAAGCCAAUCCAGGCUAGUCAAUACAAUUCAUGGGCUACAACAAUCAUCAAAAUCAUCGUGGUUUGGCUCAUUUCAAUAGGCAUUGCUAUUCCGAUCCCCAUCAGAGGCAUUGAAGAUGGAAAUGGCAACUCAACAAACAUCACGUGUGUCCUGAUGCCCGAUCGUUUUCAUGACUUCAUUCUGUACGGAUCAGUGGCUGCAUUCUUCAUUCCCCUCGCUAUCAUGAUAGUCACUUACUUUCUGACAAUCCAAGUGCUCCGCAAGAAGGCCUACUGGAUCAACAAGCCACCUCAGCGUUUCACUUGGUCAACUGUGUCCACAGUAUUUCAGCGUGACGCAACGCCUGCCUCCUCACCAGAAAAGGUGGCCAUGCUAAACGGCUCCAGAAAGGACAAGACUUUGCCCAAUGACACAUCUAUCUGCAGAACAUCUACAGUUGGGAGGAAGUCCAUGCAAACAAUAACCAAUGAACAAAGGGCAUCAAAAGUUUUGGGCAUUGUAUUUUUUCUUUUCUUAUUGAUGUGGUGCCCAUUCUUCAUUACAAACGUAAGUUCAGUUCUGUGCAACUCCUGCAACCAGGAGGUUUUUCAAAAACUAAUGGAGAUCUUUGUUUGGAUAGGGUAUGUAUCCUCCGGAGUGAAUCCUCUUGUCUAUACACUCUUCAACAAAACAUUUAGGGAGGCUUUCAGCAGGUAUAUCACUUGCAACUAUCGGACCACAAAGCCUAUAAAGGCCCUUCAAAAGCACUCCAGCAGGAUCUCUUUCAGAAGCUCUGUGGCAGAAAAUUCCAAGCUCUUUGUCAUGCAUGGGAUGAGAAACGGGAUUAACCCCAUUAUGUACCAGAGCCCAAUGAGGUUGAGGAGUUCACCCAUCCAAGCCUCAUCAGCCAUUCUGCUGGAUACGUUGCUGCUCACAGAGAAUGAAGUUGAUAAAACAGAAGAACAAGUCAGCUACGUAUAGUGGAACAGCAGCCGUGUCCGUAUCAUAAUAUUACUGUAUGUAUUAUUCUAGGAAACUGUGCUAUAAGAGGGUAUAAAUACUAUUGUUUUCUGCUAUUUAUGCAAGCAAUAUCUUAUAAAUUUAUAUUAAUUCCUCUCCUCCAAAGUCUCCUCUACUUGAACCCCAACGCUAUGGUGGCAACCACAACUUCAUUCCAUGAUAAAUGACUAAUGCAGAAUUGUAGCCUACAGGAAGAGGAAUAUAAAUAAAAGUUAAAUCAGUUUGAA